GUGGCGUCUUCAGCGGAUGUUGAUAGACCGACAUUUUAUUUUGGCCCAAAAAAUUAUUAACAUAAAAGUUUUUACGUAUCGUUUGCGUUGCUGAAAACGUUAUUUGUGAUAAGUGUGGAGGACAAAUUAUUGUAGAUCUGAUAAAAGAGUGUAAAAAGUGCUUGAGAGCAUCGUAUGCAAUGUAUUUUUUUCUUUGCCAGUAUAGCGGGAAAUCGACGUUGUGACGCGCUCAAUUUGCUAUAAUUUCUAAUUCGUGCUGCAGGGAAGUGCUGUGUCGUAACGUUUUGUUAUGUGACUAUCUAUUCUUUGACUGUAGUAUAGAGAGUAUAUUUAGAAAUUGACAAUGUCUGACGAAAUGGCGAUUGGUGAUAAAACAUCCAACAGUGAGCAAAUGCCAGAUCACAAAGAGGCUAUAGGUGAUUCUAAUGAUAGUCUAUAUGAUGCAGACUGUGCUGCGGCUGGUUCAAUUGAUAGUAGUGAAGGUGACCAGAACCCCACUGCUGGUGCAUUAAAAAAGGGACGGAAAGACAGUUUGACCGAUGAAAUUAGUGAAAAAUUAAAAGCUAUGGAAAAAGACGACCCCUCAGAUAUUAAAAUGGAUACACUUGAGAACACAAAUGAAGAGAGAUCUAACAAGCGUAGAGCAUCUGCGGCUUUCAGUGAUGACGGAGAUGAGGAGUUUAAAGGCUUUGGUCAAGACGAGCCAAUUGUGAUACCUGAUUAUAAUCGUAUAGUCGAUGAUGUUGAGGUUGCCCCUCGAAGAAAUUCAAUCUCGAGUGACGUAUUAGAAGAAUUCAAGGGUUUUGAAAUUAGUGACCAGAAGAAUCUAACAGGCUAUAAUCAAAUUCUAGAGCGUUUGGAAGCCGAGCUGUCAGAAGAUGUGAAGAGUUUCACCCCGCUUAAGACGGUGCUGACCGCACCACUGAUCAAAGCCAGUAAAAGGGCAAGACAAGAUACAGAUAGCUCAAGACCAUCAUCAGCUCUUUCAUCGAGAUCGGAAGGUGAAGGAGUAACAGAUGUCUCUCAAGGAAUUUUGCAGGUUUCUUCCAACUUUCAGUUUUUGAAAGUCAGAAACUGCUUCGAAAUCAACAAUUCCGUUGCGUCGAUGUCACCGGCAAACCGCGGUCGCCGCACGGACGUGUCGUCGCCGCUGCUGCGUCUGCCGCUGGAGCGCGGGUGGCGGCGCGAGCUCGUGUACCGCGCCGCGCUCGACGCGCACAGCCGUCGCGCCGCAGACAUAUACUACUACAUGCCGAGCGGCAAGAAGUUGCGGUCUAUGCGCGAGAUAUCUGAAGUGCUGGGCGGCACGGGCCUCACUACAGAGAACUUCUCAUUCUUCAAAGAGCCCCUUGGCAUUGAUGAUCCAGAGAAGGAGAUUAUACGCGAUGCCAAGAUGAUGCGUCGCGUGGAAUCGCCCGUGCCGCAGCCGCCGCUCACGACGGACGGUAAGCGCACGCCCAAGCCCAAGCCGCCCAAGGGCGCCAGCCCAGAACCAACACCCAAGUCACCACCCGCUAAGAUAAAGGUGAAGUCGAUGGGUUCGCGGCUCAGCAACAGCGGGACGCCGACGGGCAAGCCGGCGCGCAAGACGCAGCCGACCCCGCCCCCCGCGCCCGCACAGCCCGACAACAACAACAGCGCUGCGUGGAAGAAACCCAGCGAAGCUCGCGGUCGGCUCGCGAAUGGCGCAGCACUGUCUCCCCGGCGGCGCGGACGGGCGCGGGUCGCGGACGCCCCGCCCCCCGGCCCGCCCCAAGACCUAUUCACAGACUUCUGCCGCACCGCCAAGCAGCACAAGUACGACGUCGGCAUGCAGAUAUUCCAAUACCUGGGUAUGCGGGACCUGUCGCGGGCGGCGCGCGUAUGUCGGCAGUGGCGCGAGCUGGCCGCCGCGCCCGCGCUCUGGCGACACGUGCGGAUGAAAAACUCACACGUAUACGAUUGGGGAGGGUUGUGUAAAGCUCUGAAGAAACACGGCACAAAAUGGCUGGACCUACGCAAGAUGCUGCUGCCAUCCAACGAUGUACAGUUCUGGGACCAGUUCGCCGAACACAUUGCCACCGCUGACACGUUAGAGAGGCUGGAACUGUGCCGUUGUCCGGCGCGCGCCGUGGAGGCGGCGUGCUCGCUCCUGGGUCUGCGGUCGCUGGCGGCACCGGCCGUCCGCGACACGCGCCUCGACCCCGGCCCCCUGGCGCGUCUCACUCGCCUCGAGCGCCUGCGCAUCAAGAGCAUGACCGGGCUGUCGCUCACGCGCGACCUGCGCCCGCUGGCCGAGCUGCGCGCACUGCAGCACCUGUCGCUCACCAGCAUCAAGGAGCUGGGCUGGUGCGCCUGCGAGGUAGUCGGCCAGCUGGAGCGCCUCGAGUCCCUGGAGCUGGGCGAGUGCUCGUUCGGCGGCGACUUCGCCCCCGCGCUAUCUCGUCUACAUCGCCUCCGCCGCGUGCGCCUCGAGCGGGGGGUGCCGCAUGCCGCUGCGCCCGCGCUGCUGCGUGCGCUCGCCGACCUGCCCGCGCUGGACACGCUCGAGCUUGUCAACUUCGACGUUAAGGUGGGAUUCGACGACGCCCUCGCGGAGUGCAAGAACAUCCAGAGGCUGCUCAUCAUCCCGACGUACGUAUCGCAGUCGGCGACCACUAACAAACAGGUGCUGAGCGGCGUGCUGCGGCUGAAGGAGACGCUGACGCACCUCAUGUGGGGCGUGACCAUCGAGCUGCUGCGCGUGACCGAGCUGUUUAUCGACCAGUGCGAGGCGGGCGGCGGCGACGGCGACGAGACCAAGCGGCGCGACGUGGGCGAGUGCAUCCCCGUGCUGAAGCCCGUGCCCGGCUGCCGGCUGCCCGACGACCACCGCACCGUCGCCGGCCCGCCGCAGGUCGAGAUCCUGCCCAUCCCCACUCUGCAGCGCCUGCUGUCCGCGCAGCUGCCGCGCACCAAGCUCAAGCUGCUCCGCAUCCCCUUCCACGCCACCUGGCGGCAGACGCUCGCCGACUUCCAGUAGUCCCCCCCCAGCGGUCCUCCCCCAGAACCGAGCGGCUCGCUGCUUACGCGUAAGCUAUCGGAGUGAGCUCCAUGCAUCCCGAGUAUACUAAAAUAUAUUACGCACCUAUUCUCUUCACUUUUAACCCUUAUUUAAAAAUUAUGAAUAUUUUACGACCGUUAGUAUACUCGGCUCGUGUCGAACUUCAAAUGGGCCUUAAAUGUCAAAAAGCUAAUAAUAUAUUGAAUUUAUUAAAAGGUGAACUUUGUAUUUUUUCUACGACGUUAAUAUUUUACUCGUUUUGAUAUUCGAGCGGCCCAAAAUAGCGACCCAAAGAAUUAAGAAGAUUAUCAAUACGAUAUGUUACUGUAAUGUGUAAGAGGCAAAGUUACGCUAUGAUAUACACAAAUAUACAAAUAGUAUAACUCUUUACUUUUCUACGUAUUUGUUGAGUAGCAAAUAUAAUUUUAGCGUGGAGGGCGUCGCGGACGUCCCUCGCGGCAUAUUAUGACGUGCAAAUAAGAAUUACGGUACAUUGUAUGUAAUAUUAAAAAAUAUAUAAGUCUGUUUAUCUGGACAAAAUACGAGCAUUUUGUAAAUAGGUUAGGAACUGGUUUUGUGUCUGGGCUCACUAGCGCCGCCGGGGCGCACCCCCUCCGCCCAGCUCACUAAGGCUGCACUAACGGGGACAGUGAUCGAAGCGAGUUCAAUUUUAGCAAUAUUCUUACGGCUACCCGAGGUUAUAUUAGAACUUAUUUUAAAUACAUAGGUCUGGCUUGAUAAGUUAACUCUGAUACUAGCGUUAAUCCUGUAGAACCCGAGGGUGUUCGUUAGUGUAAUAAAAGAUUAGCGGAUAAAAAAUAUUUUUACUUAUUUCGAUGAUUAUUAAAUACCUAUAUCAAGUGAUGAUUUUAUUAGGUCGAGGUAGGAUUGUAAAUAGUAUUUUAGUAUUAAUGUCAGUGCCUAUUUUGUCUCGAUAUCUGGGCACGAUUGUGUAUUUAACACCAUUGCUAUUAAAGAUAUUGACAUUUAUA